ACCCGCGGGAUGGCUCAGCCGGCGGGCCCGGCAGGCGGCGGGGAGCCCCGAGCGGAGCCAGCGGGCGGCGAGGGGCCUCCGGGCCCCGGGGCGUCUGGCGGCCCGCCGGACGCGCUGAGCCUGGAGGAGAUCCUGCGGCUCUACAACCAGCCCAUCAACGAGGAGCAGGCGUGGGCCGUGUGCUACCAGUGCUGCGGGUCUCUGCGCGCCGCGGCCGCUGGCCACCGCCAGCCCCGUCGCCGCGUGCGCUCAGCCGCGCAGAUCCGCGUCUGGAGGGACGGCGCCGUUACCCUGGCGCCCGACGAUGCGGGAGAGCCGCACCCAGCUGCGGGUAAAUUGGGAUAUUCACAUUGUACAGAAAUAGAGGUUAUUGAAUCUCUGGGAAUUGUUAUUUAUAAAGCACUGGACUAUGGUCUGAAGGAGAAUGAAGAAAGGGAGUUAAGCCCCCCCUUGGAGCAGCUCAUUGAUCACAUGGCCAAUACGGUGGAAGCUGAUGGCAGCAACGAUGAAGGCUAUGAGGCUGCAGAUGAAGGCCUGGAAGAUGAAGAAGAUGAAAAGAGAAAAGUCUCAGCCAUCCAGUCAUAUAGAGAUGUCAUGAAGUUAUGUGCUGCUCAUCUUCCAACUGAAUCAGAGGCACCAAAUCAUUAUCAGGCAGUAUGUCGGGCACUGUUUGCAGAAACAAUGGAGCUACACACGUUUCUGACUAAAAUUAAGAGUGCAAAGGAGAAUCUUAAGAAGAUUCAAGAAAUGGAAAAAAGUGAUGAAUCUAACACAGACCUGGAAGAGCUGAGAAACGCUGACUGGGCUCGAUUCUGGGUUCAGGUGAUGAGGGAUUUGCGGAAUGGAGUAAAACUUAAGAAGGUCCAAGAGCGGCAGUACAACCCUUUGCCCAUUGAAUAUCAGCUCACGCCUUAUGAGAUGCUAAUGGAUGAUAUUCGAUCCAAAAGAUACACUUUGCGAAAAGUAAUGGUCAAUGGUGAUAUUCCCCCUCGGUUAAAAAAAAGUGCUCAUGAAAUCAUCCUGGACUUCAUCAGAUCAAGACCCCCUUUAAAUCCGGUCUCAGCCAGAAAACUGAAACCCACUCCACCACGGCCACGGAGCCUCCAUGAAAGAAUAUUAGAAGAAAUCAAAGCAGAAAGAAAGCUGCGGCCCGUCUCACCAGAGGAGAUUAGACGCAGCAGAUUAGAUGUAACUACCCCUGAAUCUCCAAAGAACAUUGUGGAAUCAUCGAUGGUGAAUGGAGGUUUAACAUCACAAACGAAAGAGAAUGGAUUGAGUGCUGCACAGCAGGUGCCUGUGCAGCGGAAGAAGCUCCUCAAAGCUCCAACUCUGGCUGAACUGGACAGCUCUGACUCCGAGGAGGAAACUCUACACAAGUCAACCAGCAGCAGCAGUGUGUCUCCCUCCUUCCUUGAAGAUCCCUUAGUAGAGGCUGUGUCCACGAGGAAGAAGCCUCCAAAAUUCUUGCCCAUAUCAUCAACACCCCAGCCAGAGAGACGGCAGCCACCCCAGAGACGACAUUCCAUUGAAAAGGAAACACCCACUAAUGUAAGACAGUUUCUGCCACCAUCCAAGCAGAGCUCCCGAUCUCUUGAGGAAUUCUGCUAUCCAGUGGAAUGCCUAGCUCUCACUGUGGAGGAAGUGAUGCAUAUUCGUCAGGUCCUGGUGAAGGCAGAGCUGGAAAAAUACCAACAGUAUAAAGAUGUCUACACCGCCCUGAAAAAAGGAAAGCUCUGCUUUUGUUGCCGAACCAGGAGAUUUUCCUUCUUCACCUGGUCUUAUACCUGUCAGUUCUGUAAGAGGCCGGUGUGUUCACAGUGUUGCAAAAAGAUGCGGCUGCCCUCCAAACCAUACUCCACUCUUCCCAUCUUUUCAUUGGGACCGUCUGCCUUGCAAAGAGGGGAAAGUUGCAUGAGGCCAGAAAAGCCUGCCACUGGCCACCAUCGGCCACUCCGGAGCAUUGCCAGGUUCCCCUCCAAAUCUAAGUCUGUGGACAAAUCCGAUGAAGAACUACAGUUUCCCAAAGAGCUGAUGGAGGACUGGAGUACUAUGGAGGUGUGUGUAGACUGCAAAAAGUUUAUUUCGGAAAUCAUCAGUUCGAGCCGGCGCAGCCUGGUGUUGGCCAACAAAAGAGCCCGAUUAAAAAGGAAAACACAGUCCUUCUACAUGUCCUCCCCAGGCGCCUCGGAAUACUGCCCUUCAGAGAGGACUAUCAAUGAAAUCUGAGCCCGUGCCUUUCAGUUGCUUUGUAUUCCGAGUCGGCACUAGCGCGGGAGAACACUGAGCUGGGCUGUCUCUCCUUGCCGUGGUCUUAGUUAAUAGGCUUGAAUUUGCAUUAGAUCAGGUUUUUCCGCAUCACGUUGUUCCACAGACUGAAUGCUGUGUUCAUCUCGAUUGAUGGUACGUGACAGGUCAGCCAGUUGCUCGUCUGCACCAAGAGAGAACAAUAGUUUGAAACUUGCUUGUGUGUGUGUGUGUGUGUGUGGAGUUGGAGGCCAGAGACUUUUUCCUUAGUUCAGUUCCUUACUGUUCCUCAGAUCAUUUCCUGACUAAGGCAAAAAGCUUCUCCCGUGAGAAAUCGGCCUCACAACGGUGUCGAUGUUCACACAGUUCUAAGCAGUAAGUCAUAUUGGCAUCUCCACCCGACAGUGUUCCUACCUAAUGGACACAGUGGCCGGGCCCUGCCACAUACCAGGUACCCGGGGUUGCCGGGCCAGGCUGUGUAUCUGCUCACGGCACAAAACCUGGAAGGAUUUGCUCCUAUCAAACUGAUUUUAAAUUAUUGUUGCUCUGCGGAGGGACUUCAUGCCUGUAUUCUAGUACAGAACAUCUGGGUAAGCUGUACACCCCAGUGGGGGACCAUUUCCUCUGAGCCGCUGUGUUUGCCCUGGUGCCACGGAUCAGUGUCUCCUGAGUGGGUGACAGGUUUUCAUUCCCUAUCUUGAAUGUAUUAUGGUUACCUGUGGUUUUGUAACAGAGGUCUAAGAAUUAAAGUUUUGUGGGAGUUUCAGGACAAAAGAAGGCUAAAAGUUUGUCAAGAAGUCGAGUGUAUUUUGGUUAACUGUGAGAAGGGUUGUGACAGCGUAGGGUGCCAGCCAUUGCCACACUUCGGGGAAUGAGCUGGAGCUCAUCCGUUUUCAACUACACUUUCCAUAACUUUAUAGUCUUAGCCAUCACAACUAAAUUAAGCCACAAUUUGGUACCUAAGGUCUCAAACUGAAAUUUAUUUAUUUUUAUAAAUGAAUUUUAAGGGGAAAAAACAUUGUCUAGUUCUUUUAAAAUUACAAGAAAAUUAACCUGCUGAUCGACUUUUUGGAUGCUUUUUGCACAAGUUUUCCUUGCAAACGACUGGAGUGAGUAGGGUGGGUUUUUGGUGGAGGUAGGUUGGAGGGUAGCAGUGUACACCUGAAAUUUCUCAGCUUGUUUGUCCCAUGCUAGGAGCUGUCCUUUGUUUUUUUAGUUAUGCUUAGAAAUAACCAACCAAUCAAAUUGCCAUUGAUGUUUGGAAAAUCGGUUAAUGCACAUGCACAAGAGUUUCCUAAAAGCUAUAGGACACAUCUGUAGUCAGCACUGCAACAACACCAUUUAAUAAAAGGCAUGGCAGUCACAUUUCAUUCCACAUCCAAGCAUAGUAACAUUUCUAUAUUAGAUUA